AUUAAGCAUCAUAUCAAAGUGAAAUAGCAUCUUAUCGGCUUGUCAUUUGCCGUCUGAUUGUUGUGUUAUUGUCAUUACGUCAGACACUCAGACGAAACACUGAUUUCUACUUCACCUCACAACACACACACCAAACCAAGCACUCAGAGCUACCAAAGACUCUUACUCGCCGUCGUGGGGUCGAGAGAUUUCUGCUACACCAAGAGACAAAAGUGAUACUUCCCCAUAAGACACAUCAUGGCUACAGACGUAAUCGAGCUCUCUGUACCCCUCCCCCGCUCUCUAGACACCCGCAUCUACCUCCGCCUUUCCACCAAAGCAAAGUCCAUUGUGCUAUUCCUCACAACAGCAACACAAGACGAGCUCGCCACUCCUAUCUCUAUGGGCUCUUUUGUCUACGCUCUGCCCAACCGGCUUGACCAGGCACAGCCAUUAUCUACCACGCUCUAUUCUUCAGAGGCGUCAUUGGAGUUUACAACACGCUUGGCGAAGCUUUUGGCUCGGAAAUCACAGCUCCCGGUGUACGUCACUAACUCGAUUAGUUUUGCUAAUGCGGGUAUGGGAGGCACGGUGGAAGAGGAGAUGGAGGCCUUCAAGACCAUUGUUCAGGUUGUGUCAGAGAGGCUACAGCUAUCGGGCCCCAAGCCAACGGCGGCCUGAUAGGACAUGGAUAACUUACCUGCAACUAGGUCAAGGAAUACGAAGUUCUAAGACUUAACAAAUGACUAUCUUGGAAGAAGAGCCACGGACUUGCAUCACCCACCACCUUAGCCUCUCCGUCAAUACCUGAUACCCAUCCUAGGAACUCUCACCGACAGAACCAGGACCACUCAGAAUUAUGGUGCACAGCUUCAUUCAGGUCACCGAGUAACAUAGCUGUCAAGAGAGUCCUGGGAGAAUUGCGGCAUGGACCACAAACAAUCCCGGAUGAAUCCGCAGUGGCACACAGAGGCAGACAGCUUGAGGCAAAUGUUUGUCACCAGGCGGGAUUGCGCGUGUAACGCCAUUAGACCCAAUCCUUCUGUUCUUGUGCUGAGGAGGGCAUGUUAUCGUUGUGCCUUUUUUUUUUAAAUAGAUAUUACACCAAAGAGAAACAAUAAAGGGUCUGUGAGUACACGAGUUAUCUAUCUCGCCUCCACGACCACGGCUUCCAAUGCUUCAGGACUUUGUAUUCCCAAAUUACUUGGCCAAGGCGACCAGACCUCGCCAUGUUCCUCGGGCAUAAGCCAGCGGCAGACCGCUUUAUUGCGAUAGCGACUGGCCAGGAAAUAGAGUCGCACAAGUAAUACACGAAGUUCAGGCUGGUGCAACACCAAGCUGCGCGGCACUUACGACGAGACUGAUCCCGCAGUGACGCUUUGGUGAAACUGGACUAUCAGAUGAAGGGUGAUACUCUAGGUAGCUUAUCGUUUCAUACGGGAGACUACCUAGGCAAGAAACCAGCU